GAAAAUGGGGACUGUUAUCAGUCUGAUACCUACUGCAAGAGAGGAAGAAUUUGUCCCCCAGGGAAGUCCUGCUCUCUCCCAAAGACACGAGAAAAAUGUAUUGCACUAGGCUCAAGUAGACGUGAAAUGUGUUAUCGUCCCGUAUCAUAUUGCCACAACGGUUACAUCUGCACACGAUGGAAAAAGUACACCCAAUGUAGACCACCGUAUACCGGUCAAAAUUGCAAAGAAAUAGUUAGAGAUGCAUGCUAUUUUAUGCCCUGUCAAAACGGAGGGACAUGCACAAACACCGAGAACUUUUACACGUGCACCUGCAACAAAGGGUGGUCUGGACAGAACUGCACGGAUUUUACGGGAACUUUCGAAUACGAGUACAAUAUGCUGAUCGUGUGGAAUCAGGCUUCUAGAAAUAUUGAAUCUAAAUCGAUCUACCUGACAACAAAUACCUCUACAACAGUAGAAAUCUCCACUUCAGAAAAUCUUAAUGCGUCACUGAAGAAUGAUAUCGACCAAACCAUUUUUUUCACCUCGGAACUCAAAGUUGCCCUCCCUGCAGAAAUGCAAGGUGUCAUUCUUCAGAAAGAAUCAAAAGCAGUGAAAAUUCGUUCCACAGAUCCAGUUACUGUCCUUCUGUUGGGUAACGACCCAUCCGAACCUGAUGACGGCUCUCUUAUUUUCCAAGUAAAAGACAGACCAACAGAAUUAAUGUCAUAUUUCUACAUAAUACCAUCUACUGUCCCACGAAUUGUAUCUAACACUGCGUACUCAACCGUAUUUGGUGUCGUUGCGUUGAAGGACAGUACAACACUUCAUAUACAAUUUCAAAUGCUAGACAAAGGAACACCUAUCACUAUCAAUGGUCAAGAGUACGGCCACCUCGACGUGUUUUCAACCUCUUUGAAUAGUAUGGAAACAUUACAGAUUGGACACAACACGGACCUGACAGGAACUGUGAUUCUAUCCUAUCUAAAGCCAGUUGCAGUAUUUACAGGAAGUGGGCGUAACUUUUCUCCUGACUCACCUGGCAGUCACGUGAUGGGGCAGCUUCAUCCAAUCAUUGAUUGGGGUUCUAUCUUUAUUGUACCGCCUGACUUCAGGAGUAAUGGAACAUUCAUACGAAUUAUAGCUAUUUUGGGUAAUGACCGGGCCGUGAAUAUUUCGAACGGGGCUUCCACGGACAAUGUCGUAAUAGGUAAAUAUACACCAUAUGAAAUGAAUACAUUGGCUGAUGAGACAACGGUCAUCAUUUCUGAUCCCGAUUAUCCUCUCCAGGUUAUCAACUAUGUCAGGCAAGAUUCAAGCCCCGACUCAGGUACUCCAUACAUGGUUAAUAUUCCCGGAGUUCAACAUUACAAAAGCCAAUACCAAGUCCCAAUCCCUGAUGGAUACCUGAACAGCUAUAUCACAGUCAUGAUAAGAAAUAACACCACAGAAGAUCUUCGACUGAACGACCAAGCUAUCUCGCCAGACAUGGUUCGUUUUGAAAGCAAGGUUUUGGUUAAAAGUAUCGAAUACUCCAUUUUAACUGUCGAGGUUUCCCCUGGCAUAUUGAAUAUAGAAUCAAAAACUGAUUCUCCAUUCGGGUUGCUAGUCCGGGGCUAUGGAAAUUCUGAUGUCUAUGGAUUUACAGGAAAUGUCGUUGACCCAUAAGGCCAAUGUUAACAAUAAAGAAACUUAAUAAUGUAAAUGAACAUCUGUUG